AUGGUGUCCAACAUAGAUGUUAUUGAUUCAAAAGUUCAAACUUCUCAAAUCGAAGGGUACAAGAUACUUCUUGAACAAUUUCACUUGGAGUCAAAUAUGCAUUGGAGAUUUGAAACAGUUCAGCAUAUCUUUAAGCAAUCGAGUAAUGAAACCGACGACACGAAAUUUGACUACUUGAAGGAAAACUUUGGAAUAGAAGUAUCCUGGGACGAAAUUAACGAUAAGUUAGUAAAGUUAAACAACAAGGCUGAAGAAAAUGAAGUGUAUAAAGUCCUCUUUCUUGCUCGACAUGGUGAGGGAUACCACAAUGUCGCGCAUGAAAAAUAUGGUAAUGAUGCAUGGAAUGAAUACUGGAGUAAAUUGAAUGGAGAUGAUGAAAUGAUCUGGGGGCCAGAUGCAGAAUUGACCCAAAAGGGUAGAGGACAGGCUAAGGAUAAUUGGAGAGAGUGGGAAAGGCAGAUUAAAGGAGCAAAUGCUCCGAUCCCGACCAAAUUUUACUCAUCGCCAUUAUCUAGGUCCAUCGAUACUUUGAUACUCACGUGGGAGAAAAUUGUAGAUUUAGCAAGAUUAAAGCCUUUGAUUAAAGAAAAGAUAAGGGAAACGAUUGGAGUACAUACAUGUGACAAGAGAUCCAGUAAAUCCAUUUUGCAGUCGAAAUAUUCUGAAUUGGGAUUCCAAUUCGAAGCAGAUUUUGCAGAGGAAGAUAUUUACUUCAAGCCAAAUGUUAGAGAAAGUGUUAGCGAGCAUGCAUUAAGAUUAAACAAGGCAUUCCAAGAAAUAUUUAACGAGAAUGGUAAGGAAAACCCUUAUAUAUGCAUUACUAGCCAUUCUGGGACAAUCAGAGCAAGCUUAUUGGCAUUGGGUCACCGUGAGUUUUCGGUGGGGACUGGUGGAAUGAUCCCUGUGUUUGUCAAGGCUACGAGAGGAGAUAGAAUAAACAAAAGUAAAGUGUAA